CAUCGACAGCCACUCCGCAAAGUACACAAAUGAUCGACUCGUGUUCCUUUUCAUUCAAACCGCUACAUUGAGGCAGGCCGCGGCAGCAUGAGCAAAAAGUUUAAAUCGCAGGCUUCAAGCGCUCGUGCUGCUUCUGCUGCGUUCGGAUCGUCCUCCUUCGGCUUCGGGCCCCCUUCAGCUGGCUUCCAGACUGCGCCGUCGUCCCUCUCAUAUAUCGCAGAACAGCCAGACUUGACCAGUAUUGCUGAUCCCCACCUUGUGGUUGCGCUGAGAAACCUGAGCAAGAAGGACAGUGUCACCAAAGCCAAAGCCCUCGAGGAGUUACAGGAAUAUGUCAACUCUACCGCAUCCACCCCAGCAAUCGACGCUGGCCUGUUAGAAGCAUGGGUCAGCCUGUACCCGCGUACCUCCAUCGACAAUGCACGCCGAGUUCGUCUCCUGGCACACAUUCUUCAAGGGUCUCUCACUGUUCUCUCCGGCAAGCGAAUUGCACCUUCCCUACCAAAAGUCAUCGGACCGUGGCUGUCGGGUGUCUACGACAGCGACAAGGCAGUGGCCAGAGCUGCACAAGAGUCGAUUGCGGCCUCAUUCACCACUGAUGAGAAGAGAAGGGCACUGUGGAAGGUGUACAAGAUAGCCCUCCUCGACUAUGCCGAAGAUGCCAUCUUCGUACAGACUGCUACGACGCUUAGUGACGAACGCUCGACGACACCUGAAGAUGCCGAGGCAAAACACGUUCGCGUGGUCGGAAAUGCGAUGUCCUUGUUGAGUCAAGUCAUAAAAGCCAACCUCUCUACUGCUGAGUCCGAUAAGACAGACAUUCGCAGCCGUGUUCGAGAAGCUGUACAGAACAAGAAGCUCUGGGAAUACUCUUACCAUGCUGAUCCCACACUGAGGAGAGCAGCAUGCAGUCUGGCCCUAGUGUGCUCUCAGAUACUGCCGUCGGACCUGGAUUGGAGAGCCAUAAGCUCCUGCUUUGUUGGUAAAGCCCUGCACAGCAGUCAAAUCGGUUCGUCAGGCCACCUCUCGGAAGUCAUCCUGGCCCUCACAUCGUCGCACCCGGAGAUCUGGACGGUAGACUACACAUCCAAGACUUCGGCCACGAAACGACUCUUUCAAUAUCUGAGGCACGGGUCCCAGCGAGGGUCUGCAGAUUUCUGGAGAAAUGUCUCCCUUCUGCUAAGGAAGAUACCUUCUGAGCUUUGGACAGAAGGCAAGAGUGAUGGCAGUAUCAAUCCACAGACACUUGAUGAUCUUGUUGAGGCCCUGCGUGCAGGUGUCACCAGUACGGAUGAGCCUCGGCAGAAUCUCGAUAUUGCUUGGUCUGUCUACGUAGAUCUAUCAUUCUGGUUCAUCGAGAAGAUUGGCCAGGAGGAGUCCAGAUCAGCAUUCCUGUCCCAGCAAGUCUUGCCUCUUCCUGUCCAAUAUGUUGUUUCUGAUCCUCAACAAACUCUGUGGGCCAUGCCUGCAUCAAUUGGUACGAAGAUUUCAGGAACUGUACUUGUGGAGCUCAUUCGACAUGGCCUAAAAUCCUCAUUCGACGCAGCAUGGCGUCAACUCUGCCAGCAUUUGGUCAAUAGCAUGAAAAUGUCAUUGCCGGAAUCAUCCAAAGAUUUUACAAGAUCUCAGGACGGCGUUGUCGCUCAGUCGAAACGACUUCUCGGUCUCAAGUCCUUCGUGCUGCAGUCUGACCAGCUUGAUGCCUCCGGGCGGACCUUCGCAAAAGACGUGUUUCAACGUUCCGAUGGAGAGUUGGUGGUUGCUGCAGCGGAACUUUUGAGAACCCGAAAUGGCAAACCCUAUGGAGCUGCCUGUGUUCUUGAAAGCGUCUCAGUAGGAGUCGAAUCUUCGGACAGCUUACAAGUCUUGACCAGCUUCCUGCAAUCGGACGCUCUGGACCUCUUGACUAGCCCAUCUGCGGAGUAUCUGAUGGUGGUUAUCCUCCGUAUGCACCAAGACCUGGGACCAGCUGUUGCAAGAUUGAUUGACGCCAAGGGCAAUGUUUUCGCCGCAAAGGCUUUGGAAAAUCUCUUGCUCGAGAUCCCAGAGCCGGCGCUAUCGAAGCUCGAGGAACUCCAAACGUUUGUUUUGCAGAAAAUAUCUCAAGACUUUGCAGUGGAAGCUACUCAAUCAAUGGCAAAAUCACUUUUCAAGAAUGCCAAUCUACAGUCUUCUCAGUUUCGACGACUUUGCGAGGAGAGGAUAGUUAGCCAGCUAUCCCCAGAAUCACCACCACACUUGGAUCAGGCUAUCCUCCGCGUCCUCACAAGUCUCUUGACUGACUCCCGCUCCAGGUCUUCGGUGCUCUCCGAGGAACUGGGAAGUGGCCUUCUCUCCAAACUUCUAUUGUUGUCUGAUGUGGAUGACUCCGACACUGCCGAGCUUGCCACAUCGCUGAUUCCAAAGCUCAAAAUGAUUUCUUCGAGCUCCAGCUCUACAGCUACUUCUUCAACAGCGGUGGUUGCGGAUCAGCUGUCAGGAAAAGGCACCCCACUCGGUAUAUUCGUACUCAUUGAUCUGGCCAAGGAUACAUUGAGAGACGCACCAUCGGGCGGUGAAUCUGACUUGAUAUCAAGCGUCAUCCCCUCCGAGGCUCAGUGGGAAAAUGCACUUGAACCACAUGUCUCCAGUCGACGGCCUCUGUCCCUGACAAUUACAAGCAUCCUUCAUGGCUUGCUGUUCCUGGUGCGGGACCAGACGACGUCCCUCCAAGCAGACGAUUUUCGGGACGCGGACGAAUUUUCUCUUCUCUUCAGGCUGGUCUUAUACGCAACCAAAAUUGUCGGCGAGUCUAAUAUCCUUGACCGCCUAUCUCCAGACCAAUUACGAAAUUUGUAUUAUUACUACCCUCUUGCAUUGCAGCUGGUCAAUGAAAAGUUAACAAUGGAAUCUGCCAACAACAUUUGGCUCAAUACUAGCCACGAGGUGACUGAUGAGGCUGCCGACGUGCUCUCUCAAGGUAAUGCAUUAAUACAACGAUGGACCGGCAAUGAUGCCAUGGUGAAGUCGUGGAUGCAACACAUCCGUUCGAUCACGAACUUGACAUAUCGCUCUUACCUUCAGGGCUUAACCUUCACAGAUAUUGCAUCACGGUUCGUAGACGAGCAUGGGCCUGCGCUUAUCAUGUCUUCCUUCGAAGCCGAAUUCAAGGACACGCAUCGAUCAGCGGAUGUGGUACUCUCUGCGAGCCUAAUCUGCUCUUGCCGCGAUCAGCUUGUCAGCUCGCAGCAGGGUCGAAAAUUGCUUAACGAAUUGAUUGCUGCAUGCACAGACAUAAAAGCGUCAGCCACGUCCACGUCAGGUCUUUGGCCUGUAGCUCUGCUUGAUCUCCUACUGAACGGCGACGCUGAGCCCCUAGAGGCAAUUCCCACGCAACGGAUCGUUUUCUUGAUGCAGGCACUUGUACGACUUCUGGACGUAUCUUCAGAGAACGUCGCUCUCCAGACUCUGGCCGUCAAGAUCCUUGACCCGGUCCUCUCCAUGACCAGGGACAUUUAUGGCGAUCACUGGGAGCAAAUUCUCGAAUAUCUCAACGCUCUUUGGCGCCAGGAGCAUGGUUUGGAUGAUGGUCUGCCUCUCAUUCAUGCCUCACUUCGCCUCUACGGGCGGCUAAAAUCAGUCGCCAGCGCAGAAGAUAGCAACGAAGACUUUGCCGAUGCCUGGAAAACAGGGCAAUCUGCCCUUGAGGAAGGCUUGCUCUUAUGUCUGCAAACUUUCAACAUCCCCAGCGCUCAGACGAACCAACCGCGCCUUAUAACGGCAGAACUCCUCCAGAGACACCUUGCACAAGUGUCUGUCCGCCAUGACCCGAAGCUAUAUGCACUGCUCCCCUCGGCAGACAAUGCGAUUCGCGGUGCAGCGUAUGGUCUGCUCCAUCGCUCCAUCCCCGCAGAACAGGAACAGAUCUCAAUCGAGAUCGCGCUAGAGAAGAAGGUUGCACAUCUCCCAGAAGAACUGAUGUCACUCCUGACAGAGACGCCUGGAUCGGCUAAUCAGGCAGGCGGCGUCCUCCGCCAGAGUUAUUUGCUCAGCUGGGAUUUAGUUUUUGACCACUUUACGACCUCUUCUUACAAGGUCCAGGAGAUGUACACGGCGGAUAUUAAGGACCGAGGCGUCCUGUCAGGCCUUUUGGAACUCAUCUGUGAGAUUUGCAUGAUCACCAGUGGUCGGCCACUCGACGCUUCGAAAGUGAAUUUCACAGGUUUGGAAUAUGGUUCAGCGGACACUGAGGAGCAAGAAGAGCGACGACUCAGCAUGCAUCUCUACUAUUGUUGUUUAUUGUAUCUGCCCAGCCUCACCAGGAGCUGGUUCAUUGAGCAGAAGAAUCGCGUCAAAUCACCAUUGGAAAGCUGGACUCAGCGAUACUUUUCGCCAACAUUGGUGUUGGCUGCGACCCGAACCGUUACUGAAUGGGCAGCAAGUCAAUCACAAGAAGAAAAUGAAGCCGCCAUCAAUGUUAAGGCAUCACUGAGCGGAUUCGAGACCGUGGCGUCAAUCGCCAUCGAUCCGGAGUCUCCUCCAAUAUCCAUAGCUAUCUCUUUGCCGUCCACCUAUCCGCUCGAUUCGCCUACAGUGGCCUCCCGCACUCGAGUCGGAGUUUCUGAUAAGAAUUGGCAAUCAUGGUUAAGGACUUUCCAGAUUAUCAUCUUCAGUACCGGGAGUAUCAUUGAAGGGCUCAUCGCAUUCCGGCGCAAUGUCCAGGGCGCUCUGAAAGGUCAGAGUGAAUGUGCUAUUUGUUACAGCAUCAUUGGCACAGAUAUGCAAACUCCCAACAAACGAUGUGGGACAUGUCGCAACACCUUUCAUGGCAUUUGCCUCUUCCGGUGGUUCAAGAGCUCGAACAGCUCGAGUUGUCCGCUUUGUCGCAACAAUUUCAACUAUGCUUGAAACAACUUUUUCAGAGCUUACGUUGACGGCUUCACAACCGAGCAGUCUCACGACAGCAUUCCCGCGCAGCACAUGCAAUUCACCUUUCGAGGUCUAGAGGGUGCUAGACAACUACUGUGCUGGGUGUCAUAGUACUGAAAAAGGGGGUCCUUCGCGCAGAGGUGCCGGGCACAGGGCGGCAGCUCGAGCAGGACAGGACGUAGUGCAGAAGCCAUCUCGACUUGCCGUCCCAUUUCGGGCCUUUGACGCGUCCCGAUCAUCGGGCUACACGCGGAGCAUACCAAGCGCUGGGAAGCUCCUUGACCGAGUGACGGAACAGUUUGCUUGGUGAGAAAGUCAUCGAGGCCAUCUGUCAACUUUCUUCUGGUCCUCCAGGGCCUGGUUAUCCCGAAUAAUGAACUAAGCUUCAUCAAAUAAACUAGGUUUCAAGCCAUGCCAGCGGGCCUCCGCUCGAUAAGCGAAAGGGCAAUCGGGAGCCCCGCCUCUGCUGGUAUUGGUACGGACAUAUCGCCGGACAAUGUUACCAGGACUCCCAUACCUACCAAGCCCUACAGCCCAGAUUCUUUCGCAGAGAUGAGCAGUCAGAAGCUUGGGGACUCACCUCUACUUCUUGCCGUUCCAAGAUCAGUACGCGACCAGCCCAAGCGGAUUGUUUAAGAUGGCCGGGUGAUGAAAGCGAGAAGUCUUGCCUGAAGUGAAGAUGGUCAGUCUUGGGCACGGGCACAGGGACAUCAGUAGCAAUUAAAUGCAAUUUAAUCUCGGACAGUUAGACCUCUGAUACGU